AGGGGGACGGGGCGUGGCAGGGCUCACUCGCGGGCUGCGUGGGGCUCACCGAGCCCGGGAACGCAGGUUUCGGGGGGGUGGGAACGCGCAGCCCUGGGGCCGGGGCGGCUGCGUGCGGAGAUGGCGGCGCGAUGGAGCAGCGAGAACGUGGUGGUAGAGUUCCGCGACUCCCAGGCAACCGCAAUGUCCGUGGACUGUCUGGGGCAGCAUGCUGUGCUCUCCGGCCGCCGAUUCUUAUACAUCGUUAAUCUAGAUGCCCCUUUCGAAGGUCACCGAAAGAUCUCUCGCCAGAGCAAGUGGGACAUCGGAGCUGUGCAGUGGAAUCCUCAUGACAGCUUUGCGCACUAUUUUGCAGCUUCGAGUAACCAACGGGUUGACCUUUAUAAGUGGAAAGAUGGCAGCGGGGAAGUUGGCACUACCUUACAAGGCCACACUCGUGUAAUCAGUGACUUGGACUGGGCAGUGUUUGAGCCGGAUCUGCUGGUUACCAGCUCUGUGGACACCUACAUCUACAUUUGGGAUAUCAAAGACACAAGGAAGCCUACCGUUGCGCUCUCUGCUGUAGCGGGUGCCUCACAGGUCAAAUGGAAUAAAAAAAAUGCUAAUUGCCUCGCCACCAGUCAUGAUGGGGACGUGCGGAUAUGGGACAAGCGGAAACCCAGCACCGCAGUGGAGUACCUCGCAGCCCACCUCUCCAAAAUCCAUGGCCUGGACUGGCACCCAGACAUCGAGCACAUUCUUGCUACCUCCAGCCAAGACAACUCUGUCAAGUUCUGGGACUACCGCCAGCCUCGGAAAUACCUCAGUAUUCUCCCUUGCCAGGUGCCCGUCUGGAAGGCCAGAUACACGCCUUUCAGCAAUGGACUGGUGACUGUGAUGGUUCCCCAGCUGCGGAGGGAAAAUAGUCUUCUCUUGUGGAACGUCUUUGACUUGAACACGCCAGUGCAUACCUUUGUGGGGCACGAUGAUGUGGUGCUGGAGUUCCAGUGGAGAAGACAGAAGGAGGGGUCCAAGGACUACCAACUGGUCACGUGGUCACGGGAUCAGACCUUGAGAAUGUGGCGGGUGGAUUCCCAGAUGCAGAGGCUUUGUGCAAAUGACAUAUUAGAUGGUGUUGAUGAGUUCAUUGAGAGCAUUUCUCUUCUGCCGGAACCAGAGAAGACCCUUCACACUCAAGAUACGGAUCACCAGCACAACUCGAGCCAUGGGGAGGAAGAAGUCUUAAAGGAAGACCCCCCAAGCAGUAUCCUGGAAGAGAAGAAGUCAGAUCAGCUGGGACUGCCUCAGACUUUGCAGCAGGAGUUCUCCCUGAUCAACGUGCAGAUCCGGAAUGUCAACGUGGAGAUGGAUGCGGCGGACAGGAGCUGCACGGUGUCUGUGCACUGCAGCAGCCACCGCGUCAAGAUGCUGGUCAAGUUCCCCGCACAGUAUCCCAACAACGCUGCCCCCUCGUUCCAGUUUAUCAACCCCACCACCAUCACGUCCACGAUGAAAGCCAAGCUGCUGAAGAUCCUGAAAGACACUUCCCUGCAAAAAGUGAAGCGCAACCAGAGUUGUUUGGAGCCCUGCCUGCGCCAGCUCGUCUCCUGCCUUGAGUCUUUUGUGAACCAAGAAGACAGCACUUCCAGCAACCCCUUUGCACUCCCAAACUCCGUCACUCCGCCCUUACCAACGUUUGCCCGGGUGACCACUGCCUAUGGGUCAUACCAAGAUGCCAACAUUCCCUUCCCUAGGACCUCGGGGGCCAGGUUCUGUGGAGCAGGCUAUCUGGUGUAUUUCACGCGGCCUAUGACGAUGCAUCGAGCAGUGUCUCCGACAGAACCUACUCCGAGGUCUCUGUCAGCCUUGUCUGCUUAUCAUACUGGCUUGAUUGCGCCAAUGAAGAUCCGCACAGAGGCCCCUGGGAACCUUCGUUUAUACAGUGGGAGCCCCACUCGAAGUGAGAAAGAGCAGGUCUCCAUCAGCUCCUUCUACUACAAGGAGCGGAAAUCCAGGAGAUGGAAAAGCAAGCGUGAGGGAUCGGACUCCGGCAAUCGACCCAUCAAGGCUGCUGGGAAGGUUAUCAUCCAGGACACUGCGUGCCUUCUUCCUGUUCACAAGUCACUGGGAGAACUGUACAUAUUGAAUGUGAAUGAUAUUCAAGAAACAUGUCAGAAGAAUGCCACUUCGGCCUUGCUCGUGGGAAGGAAGGACCUUGUCCAGGUUUGGUCGCUGGCUACAGUCGCUACAGAUCUUUGCCUUGGCCCGAAGUCUGACCCAGAUUUGGAAACGCCCUGGGCUCGACAUCCAUUCGGGCGACAGCUGCUGGAAUCCUUGUUGGCUCAUUACUGCCGACUCCGGGACGUCCAGACACUGGCCAUGUUGUGCAGUGUGUUUGAAGCCCAGUCUCGGCCUCAGGGAAUACCAAACCCCUUCGGACCCUUUCCCGGCCGGUCCUCUAACCUCGUGGUGUCCCACAGCCGAUAUCCUAGCUUUACUUCCUCGGGCUCCUGCUCCAGCAUGUCGGACCCAGGGCUCAACACUGGUGGCUGGAACAUAGCGGGAAGGGAGGCAGAACAUGUAUCUUCACCUUGGGGAGAGUCUUCUCCAGAAGAAAUCCGCUUUGGGAGUCUUACCUACAGUGAUCCUCGUGAGCGAGAACGUGACCAGCAUGAUAAAAAUAAAAGGCUUCUGGACCCUGCCAAUACCCAGCAAUUUGAUGACUUUAAGAAAUGCUAUGGAGAAAUCCUCUAUCGCUGGGGGCUGAGAGAGAAACGAGCUGAGGUGCUGAAGUUUGUCUCCUGUCCUCCUGAUCCUCACAAAGGGAUCGGUAGGGAAGACGGCGUGAGACUGGUCAGCCGUUGCUGGGUGUCACUGAGUCCUUCGCUUCUGUCAACAAACGAUCGGUGGCCACCUCCACGAGCCAGACCCGUGCAGCCACUGGCAUAGGAGAGAAUGAGGCGUAGCUACCUCCUGGGCUUUUCACCCGAGGCCCCUGGCCACCAGGCGUCUGGCACGCUGUCCACCUGCACCCCGCCGGCAGGGACGGCAGCUUCUCUUUGUCAGACUUAGUGAGAUUGUGGACGAAGAGCUGCUGUUGAAGAAAAGGGAGCACCACAGCUGUGAUAGAAUCCCGUAGAGUCCUCCAGCGAAUACGUCGUUCUCACAGUGCCGUGUCCCUCUGCGGAACUAACUUACCGUGUCUCUUGUUCUGGCCAUCCCCACCCGUUCGCAGAGUUUGGCGUGUACUGCAGCCACUGUCGGAGCGAGGUCCGUGGCACGCAGUGUGCCAUCUGCAAAGGCUUCACAUUCCAGUGUGCCAUCUGCCACGUGGCGGUGCGCGGCUCGUCCAACUUCUGCCUGACCUGCGGGCACGGUGGGCACACCAGCCACAUGAUGGAGUGGUUUCGGACCCAGGAGGUGUGUCCCACCGGGUGUGGAUGCCACUGCCUGCUUGAGAGCACAUUCUGAACUUACAGACCUUGGGAGUUGUCACAAAUCCCGGAGGACCCCGUAAACGCUGGACGGCAAGUUCUCCGCCAGGAGAGAGGCUCCCGAAGCCAUUCCCAGCUAGACUGGGGCACGUUCCCCUCAGAGACUGCCACAGCCCCAGCCACUCAUGAGCUUUUGUUUCUCUUCUGUGUGGCUGUUGAUGGCAGCGAUGUCACCGGGCAGGAGGAGAACAGAUGUGCAGAGCCGCGUAGCCAGGUGGAAAUUUCCUUGCAGAAAGGCACCUGGCUCCAGAGCCAUGUUUACCUUUAAGGUGUUAACCAUAAACCACUGAGCAGCAUCCUUUCUGAUGCCGUUUCAGACCACGGUGGGAUGCAAAGGACGGUCUCCUGAGCCGAAGGACGAUGGACAUUAACUUAGUUGACAAGUGGGCCUGUGAUGUAAAUUGGUACAUUUAAUGGACUGAUGGGUAGUGGCCUUUUAAAAAUGCUAAAUUAUAAAUAUAUGAUGUACUUAAAGAGUCUAAA